AUGAGUAGUAAUCAAUCAGAAGGUAAAUUCUUCAAUAAAUUAAAAAAUUCAUUUAGAAAAGAUUCAACUUCAUCAUCUAAAUCGUCCGAUAGUAAAAAAUCAUCAUCAAUUUCUAAAAAUCAAAAAGAUCAAGUUUUAAAAGAAGCUCAUGAUGAAGGUGAACAACAAUAUAAACAAACUCACGGUACUAACGCAGCUGGAAAAACCAGUGCAACGCAUGAAAAUCAUGUAGAACAUAUUUUAAAAGAAGCUUAUCAUGAAGGUGAAAAAUUAUUCCAUAUUAAACAUAAUACUGGUAAAUAUUCAUCGGUUGGUGGUGUUGCAGCUACAUCAACUGGUGCAAAUCAAUAUGCUCAUAGAAAAACAUCAAGCACUUCAUCAGAAAAUUCAAAAGGUAGAUUAGUUUCAACCCCUCCAAAUAGAUCAAGAAAACCAUUAGAUCAUGAAAUUCCAGGCGAUUUCACUAAUGAAAAACAACCAACUGAUCCAACAGUUUUAGGGGAUACUUCAGCUCAUCCAUCAAAAUCAUCAGGUGUUAUUACCAAUGAUCAUCCACAUUAUUCAGAUGGUGCAAAACAAGCAAGCGGUGAAGGUAGAUUUUUCAAUCCAAAAGAUACUCAAGGUGGUACAUUAGGUGCAGCAACUAGUUCAUCACAAGGGACAAACCAAUAUAAUGAACGUACAAAACAAAAUGUUCAUGAUUUUGAUAAUUUAAAAACUCAACCAACAGCUUAUGAUCAGAAACAACAACAAGAACAAGAACUUGAAGAUUUAAAGCAAGAAGCUUAUAAAGAAGGUAAUAGAAAAGGUAGAAAUGAUAUUCAAUCAAAUCCAGGUUUACAAGGUUCUCAACAAAUUGGUGGUCCAACUGAAGGAGAAUCAGUUGAUGCAAGUCAAAUUCAUCAUGAUAAUAAAUCUGCUUAUAAUAAAGAUGGAGUUUCAGGUAUUUUAGAUAAAGAAGGUUUAACUCAACAACAACAACCAAAACAACACACUACAGAACAAAAAGAACCACAAUAUGAUCAUUUUGGUCAACCAAUUACUUCUGCAGGUGUUGGAAGUGCAGCUACUGCUCAUCCAGUUUCUCAUGCUUCACAUGAUCCAGUUUCAGAUCAAAGAAGAAUUUCAGAUUUAGAUAAACAAAUUAAUCAAACUGAUGCAAGAAUUAAAGAAUUAAGAAAUGAUCCGAAUAAUGCUUCAACUUAUGCAGUUACUGAUGAGCCAAUUAAAACACCAAAAUUGGCAAAUGUUCACGAUGAUGAUGAUGAAACAUUUGUAGAUGCUGCAACUGGUCAACAUUUUUCUUCAAAAAAUCCAAAUACAUCAGGUAGACUUCCAGAAGAUGUCGCUAACAAAGAACAAUAUGAUUCAAUUACACAAGCAACUAAAGAUCAUUCAAAUCCUGGUGUUUUAGCAACUGCAACUGGUGCCGUUGCUGCAGCUGCUGGUUAUUUAGGUUUUAAUAAAGAUCAAGAAGCUAAAGAUGCAGCUGAUGAAAGAAUUGCUAAAGAUCAAGCUUAUAUUGCGGGUCAUAAUCAAGGAACUAACAAUGUUAAAACAACAAAUACUCAUCCGAAUGAUUCGACAGUAACUCAAGCUCAUGCAGUUGGUUAUCAACAAGGUACUAAAGAUGCUUCUUAUGAUCAGGGUUUAAAUGAAGGUAAUAAAUCUAGUAAUAAUCAAGCUGGUCAUGAAUAUGGUCAAGAAUUAUAUGGCGAAGCAAGACAUGCAGUUGAAGCUGCUGGUGCUACUGUUGCUGGUGUUUUUGGUUAUAAUCAACCAAAAAAUGCAAGAGAAGGUCAUAGGCAAUUAUUAGAAGAAUCUUAUAAAGUGGGUCAAGAUAAAGCUCAUAAAGAUCAUGGUGAAAAUGAAGAAGGUUUUUUAUCAUCAGCAUUAGGUGCAUUGGGAUUGAGUGGUAAAUCUGCAGAAACUUCAACUACAACUUCAACUUCAACUAAUCAUCAUAAUUACGGUGAUAAGGUUCCAAGAGAUGAAUCUUUAACUAAACCAGAUGGUAGUUAUAUUGGAAUUCCAAAACAAAAGGAAGAAAUUGACAGAAAUCCAAAUAAAGUUCCAAAAGAUGAAUCAUUAACUAAACCUGAUUCAUCAAGUAGUUCAUCAAAAGGUGUUUUAGCAUCUGCUGGUGCUGCAGCUGGUGCUGCGGUCGGUGGAGCUUACAAUUAUUUGAAAGGUAAUGAUGACACUUCAAAUACUGUAAAUAAAAAUACCACGUCAGCUCCAAGAGGUGAAGGUUAUGUUCAUGAUUCAUUAAUUGCUGAUGCAGAAAAGGUUGAUCCAAGUAUUGACAAUUAUCCAGCUCAUAGAGCUAACCAAAAAGAAUUAAAAAAUGAAGAAUCAUUAGGUAGAAAUGCUACACCUCAAGAAAAACACGUUGUUGAUUCAAAUAAUGAUAAAAAAUGGGAAAGAGAAACUGAAGAUUAUGACAGAAAACAUGGUCAUGGUCAACAAGAAAGAGAUGAAGAUUCUGAGAGAAGUACUGGUGUGUUACCUUCUGCUGGUGCUGCUGCUAGUAAUGCAGCAAGUUCUGCUAAUAAUAAAGUCACUGGUUAUGAUUCAUCAUCAAAAAAUACAACGACAACCAGAGAUGCAAGUGAUUAUCAAGUUCAUGAUUCAUUAAUUGCUGAUGCUGAAAAAGAUGAUCCAAGUAUUGAUAAAUUACCACCACAUAAAACCAACAAGAAAGAAUUGAAAGAAGAAGAAACUUUAAGUUCAGAUGCAUCUGAAAAAGAAAAAGAAACAGUUGCUUCAAAUGAUUUUAAAGAAUUGGAAGAUGAUGUUGCUAAGUGGAAUAAAGCACAUGGUUUCAAAAAUCCAAAAUCUUCACUAAUUGAAGUUGCUGAAGAAGCUGAUCCAAGUAUUGAUAAAUUUCCAGCUCAUAAAGGUGUUUCAAUUGAUAAAGAAGAUGCAGGUAAUUCAAAUGAAGUCUCUGGUGAUAAUGUUCAACCAUUACCAAGUGGAUUACCAUCAGGAAACCAUGAUGAAAUCAAACAAAACAUUGGUAAUUCAGCAAAUGUUGGAAAUGCUGCUAAAAAAUCAAGCACUGCUGAUUCAUAUUCAGAUGAUAAAUAUGAAAAAGCAUCAAAACAAGCUGAUAAUGGGGGUAUUACUGGUGUUACUGGUGAAUCACCACAUGCAAGAGAUACAUCAUCAAAAUUAUCAAAAGAUCAUGACCAAUUAGAUAAAGAUUUAAAGAAAGAUGCUUAUAAAGAAGGUAAACAUCAAGGCAAAGAAGAUUAUAAAAGUUUUGAUUCUAAUUUGAAAAAACAAUUAUAUGAUCAUGGUUAUGAAAAAGGCUUAGCUCAUAAUAAAUCAACCUCAUCUCAAGAUGCAGCUUAUAAUACCACUAAACCAAGUGGUUCUCAAGAAUAUCCUUUAGAUAGAAAACCUCAAGAUGAUGCUUAUUCAAGUCAUGGAACUGCAAAUGCUGUACCAUCUGGUGCUGGUUUAGUUCCAGGUGCUGCUGUUGGUUCAUCUCAUACUAAAGAACAAGUUCGAAGAGAAGCUCAUCAAGUUGCUCAAAGUGAUCAUCAACAAUCAUUAGAUCCAACUUUAAAACAACAACUUUAUCAACAUGGUUAUGAAAAAGGUAAAAGUUCUACUGGUUCGUCAUUAGAUCCAACUGGUUAUGCUGGUGCUUCUUCUUUAGAUCGUAAAUUAAAACAAGAUCUUUAUGAACAUGGUCAUGCAAAAGGUAGUUUAGAAAAGAAACACGAAAGAGAUUCUAAAGUUUCAAAUCAACCAUAUGGAUCUUCAAAUAGAGAAGCUGCUGUUAUUGGUGAUGCUGGUUUAGGUGCUGCAUCUGCAAAUCAACAACAUACAGGUUUACAUACACCAGUCAACAAAAAAGAAGAAUUGGUUGACGAAAAUGAAGCGAGGAAUCGUAACGCCAACAAUUCAAAAGACAACUUAGUAGUUGAAGUCAUUGGUAUUGAAGAUAAAGAAGAAGCAUUAAGGACUGCAAAAAAAGCUUCUAAAAAAUUAGAUGAAAAAGGGGUUGAUUUAACUUCAGGUAAAUUGGUUAUUAAUGCAAAUACUAAAGAAAUUUAUAAAAUUGAUGCUCAAACAAAUGAAACUAUAACAACCCCAUUUGAUUCAGAUCAUCAUCAACAAGUUGCUCAUCAAAAUGCAGCUGCUGGGGCUGCUGGUAUUGCUGGAUCUCAACAUCAACAUCAAUCAUCAAAUGUUCUUGAAACUUAUGGUCAAUCAAGAUCAGCUGGUUAUACUCAAGGUUUAGAAGAUACAUCAUAUACAGGUGAAGGUGUUGGAAAACAAACUAAAGUUGAUCCAACUACCUCAGGUCAAGUAAGAGCUGCUGGUUUCACUCAAGGUAUUCAUUAUACUGGUUAUAGAGGUGAAGGUGCUGGUAAACAAACUCAAGUUGAUCCAUAUGCUUCAGGUCAAUCUAGAACUGAAGGUUAUUCUCAAGGUUUAGAAGAUUCAUCUUACAGAGGUGAUGGUGUUGGUAAAACAACUGAAUUAGACCCAACACAUCAUAAUCAAACUUCAAGAUCAGCUUAUGAUGAAAAUGAAGCUGCUAAACAAAGAUUAGCUAAUGCUGCAAAUAGAAAUGUUGCUUCAAGUUCAGGUGCAGCUGCAACUUCUGGCUCAUCAAAUAAUGGUAAAUCGUCAAAUGAUGAAAUUUUUGUCAAUGUUAAAGGUAUUAAAGAUAAUGCAAUUGCAACAAAAAUUGCUGAAACUGCUGUUAAAAGAUUACAAAAAUCUCAUGCAAAUGUAGUUGCAAAAGUUAAAGAAAUUCAAGUUGAUGCUAAUUCAGGUAUCGUUAGAGAUGAAAAUGGUGAUGAGAUUGCACAUUACCCAGAUUUAGCUAUUGAUCCAUCUGGUUCUCAUAAGAAAACUUCAAGUGGUGAUUAUUCAAAACAACGUACUUCAUACUCAACUCACCAACAAUCUCAAGGUGUUAGUGGAGGCUCAAAUUUAGCUGCUGCUGCUGCAACAAAAGCUUCAAACGAAUAUUCAAAUCCACAUGAACCAAAAUAUAAAACUCAGGCUAAUGAGUAUACUUCAUCGAAUACAAAAGCUCAGCCAACAUACCCACAAGGUGUUCUAUCAAGUAAUGAUCACAAAUCAUCUGGUAAUACUAAUACUAACACCUCCGGUUUAGCUGGUGGUUCAUCACAUUUACAAGGUGGUAAUGCAUAUCCGUCUUCAGCAGUUAGUGCUGCUCAUGAUUCAUCGGAAUCAAGUUUAGAUAAAAAUAUUCAUGAUGUUUCAAAUAGACAUAAUCAAACUUCAUCAUCACAUCCAAUUGAAAAUGCUGGUAUAUCCGCUUCUGCCAAUCAAGCUGCAACUUUCGGUGGUAGUGGACAACAAGAUUUUCAAAAUGCUGCAUCAGGUUUAAAUAGUCAAGGUGGUAAUAAAGCUGCAACUUCAAAUACUACAAGUACUGUUUAUAAUGAUGUUACUGAUGAAGCUAAUACCUCAACUGGUUCAUACAUGCCUGGCUCAUGGGUUUAG